GAUUGGUUGGUGCUGAGUGUCAGUCAGUGGGGGAGGCGGGCGCUGUGGGUCUGACAUAAAUACAGUGACUGGAGGUGAGAGCAGAGGCUGGAGAGACUGAGACAGACACCCAGACACUCACCCAGACAGACACCACUAUCAUGUGCUCAACCGCUGCCACUGCCACUGCCGUGCUGGAGGAGGAUUUUGAUGCUGUCUUGAAUGAAUUUGAUGGGGUGAUGGCAGACUUCUCCUGCACUGGACAGUACAGGCAGUGCCAGUACCAGGCGCACUUGGAUCAGGUGAAGAGAAUGAGUGUCAGCGAGGACCGCCACAGUGUGAACUCGUCUCCUGCAAACAGCUUAAACUGCAGCGUUGAGAAACUCAACAGCACAGCCACAGAAAUGCCAAAAGCUAAGCUUGGAGACACACAGGACCUGGAGGAUUUUAUUGCAAACCUUGACAAGACUCUGGAAGAGAUGAUGUGAUUCAUACACCAAAUCCCCUGCCACUGCAACUCAGAGGUGACUGCAGAGAGACCAGGCCACAAGGAGGUUGAUGGGACCUUCGCUUUUGACUCAAUAACACAGCAACAAUGAGAGAAAAAGUUUUUGUAAAAAAAAAGAGAUUUAUUUUAAAACGUUUCUUGAGAAUGUCAUUUGAUUUCCAAAUGUGGUUUUAGUCCGGUGUACAGGGCAGGGUGCUGUUUGGUGCUGGCAGGUGCUAUAUUGCUCACAAUUCAGUACUGGAGAAAGAUACCACACUGACCAGAGCAGACUGCCUCUUCGCAGCUCUUAC